AUGGCCACCACUACUCAACACCGCACCACCACCAUCUUCUCCUUCUUUCUUCUCUUCAUUUCCCUUUUCAAAACCCUAACCCUAAAUCCCCCUUUUUCCCCCCAACCACAACCACAAUCUCCAAAUUACAUCAUCGGAUUCACUCAAUACAAAACCGCUGAUCACCACCGUGCUUACCUCGAAUCCAAUCUUCAAUCAAAAGGGUGGCAUUGGAUCGUGCGGAAAAACCCCGCAUCGAAAUUUCCCACCGAUUUUGGCGUCGUUUCGGUUAACGAAUUGGGGGUUAUUGAAGAGAUUAAGAAAUUGGGGCUUGUGAAGUAUGUUAGUUUGGAUAUGAGCUAUAAGAGAGGUUUGAUGAAGCAUAGGAAUGAUAAAGUUGGUUCCUUUGUUGAUGGGAAUAAACGGCCUGGGAAGAUCUUCACCAGAAUGUCGUUUUGUGAUGCGGAAGAACAAGAAGAUGAUUUUGUUAAACGCAAUGAUUCUAUCAAGUUGGGGCGAGAAUUGUUGAUUCAGAGAUCACAAGUUACUUCCAUGUUUGGGGCAGAAGAACUGUGGACGAGAGGCUACACUGGUGCAAAGGUCAAGAUGGCCAUAUUUGAUACUGGCAUUCGAGCUGAUCACCCUCAUUUCCGUAACAUCAAGUUGAUGGAUCGAGUGUUGAGGAACUUUACAGGAGCGUACAAAUUGGACCAAUGA